AUGGGUACAAUAAGUAAAGCGAAAUUCGAUCAGGAUAUUGAAGAAUUGGUAAGGAAAACAGCAGAUUUUGAUAUUAGCUAUCAAUGGCAUAUCAAAGAGCACAGGAAUGGGCAGUUUUGUGCUAAUAAUUCAGUGGUAGAAAGAAAUGGAGAAACUAUUAUGCGGACUUUUCAUAUUACCUACAGUGAAAUUUACAACGUCCCCAUCUUGUGGUUUAUUUUCAGUCGACAAACAGGUGCUUUGUUAGACAUCGAUGAAAUUCUGGAAAUGAUUCCAGUCGAUACGAGAAAACGUUUGAUGGCAGAUAGUUUGACUUCAAUUUCUCAGCGAGAACAUCCUUUUUUCAACCUUUUUUUCUAUCAUAUUCAUCCCUGUAAAACAGCGGCCGUCAUGAAGAAUGUUAUAUAUGAUAACUAUAUUAUCAGCUGGUUGUCUAUUUUCGCUUCUCUUCUGCAUCUACUGCCUCUGCCAAAUGAAUUAUUCACAAAGAAUGAUAGUUCUUUAAUUCGGGUGCAAAAUUCAGAGUAG